AAAUUCUAAAAAUAUUUAAAAGGAAAUAAAAAUGAAGAAAAAUUCCUCCAUUUCCGCUCCAACCCUCACCAACAACAUCCAUUGUGAAACUCGCACGUCUUCAUUUCAAUUUCAAAUCAACCCAAAAUAUCUGUAAGCCGACAAUUUUAAUCAUCUACGAAGAACAGAACGAGACGGAGUCAAUUCUUUUUUCUAAUUUUCCCCUAAUUGUUAAAGAAUUUUUGUUAUUAGGAUUACUUUGCCUGUUUUGUACUGAUUUAUCAAGCCUCUGUAGAGUCGAGUCUGUCUGAGUGUGUUGGUAGUAAAAGAUUUCAAUUGUAACAUGGUGACAAAUGAGUUCCAUAGUGGAAGUUCUAGCUCGACUUCAUGGAGUAGUCAGCCUGAUACAGAGGAUGAUAGGAUGAUAGCACUUGUUUUAACAGAAGAAUACUCUAAGCUUGACGGUGCUGUUGGUCGACGUCUUUCUAACCUUGCUCCUAUUCCUGUUGUCCCAAGGAUAAAUUCCUAUAUUCCUACCUUGAGUGAUGCUAACUUGGAUCACCAGAGGCUUCUUCAGAGACUACAAGUUUAUGGUCUUUUCGAAGUCAAAGUUUCCGGUGAUGGAAAUUGUCAGUUUCGUGCACUCUCAGACCAGAUGUUCAAGUCACCAGAUUAUCACAAAGUCGUACGCAAAGAAGUGGUUAAACAGCUAAAGGAGCACAAGUCUCUAUAUGAAAGUUAUGUUCCAAUGAAAUACAAGCAUUACUACAAGAAAAUGUCAAAAAAUGGGGAAUGGGGAGACCACCUAACUCUUCAAGCAGCAGCUGAUAAGUUUGCUGCGAAGAUAUGCCUUUUGACUUCCUUCCGAGACACAUGCUUUAUUGAAAUUGUUCCACAAGACCAGGCACCUAAACGAGAGCUGUGGUUAAGUUUCUGGUCAGAGGUUCAUUAUAAUUCCCUGUAUGAACUCCGAGCGAUGCCGCCGCCAUCGAAACCGAAGAAGAAGCACUGGUUGUUUUAGAUGCCAGUGAUCUUUGAAGUUGGUUGAUCAGAAAUAAGUCUGUUGUACAUUAUUGCCUAAAAGUUGAUAUCCACAGCCAUAAACACUAUUGAGUUAUUUAGUUUAAGGAUUUAUUUUUUUUUUUUCAAUUUUUUCAUUAGUCUCACUUGAGGGAUUGAGUAUGCAAGGCUGUGAAACUAUACCAUACUAACAUUCGAUUCACGAUUUUCGAUUUUUAAUCCCUUGUUUCUUUUUGAUGUAAAUAGAUGUCCGUUUGGCGUUAUCCAAUUUCGUUUGUAAACAGUAAACAAUCCGGUCUUAUCUAUGUGAGCUUUAUGCAUAGGCUGUUGCAAACUCGAUGGGAUUGUGAUUCAUAGAAUGGUUUUUGCUCAUUUCGAUUUGUCAACGAUUGCGUAUUAUAUACUAUCAAUUUUUGCUGAUUUA